CCCAAAACCCCAAUUCCCCUCUCCACCGACCAGCAAACCCCAUUCACGGCGACGCGCCGCCGCACCACGAGGGCUCAGCGCAGCCGCCCCGCCCCGCUGCAUCCAUGGCGGACGACGGCGCCCCCGCCCCCGCGCCCGAGAUCGCCCCUCCCCCUCCUCCGCCCCCGCCGCCGCUCCCGUCCUACCCCGAGAUGAUCCUGGAGGCGAUCGACGCGCUGGACAACGACAAUGGCUCCAACAAGACGGCGAUCUCGGGGUACCUCAAGGGCAAGUACGGCGCCAGGCUUCCGACCGAUCACACCUCCCUCCUCACGACCAACCUCGGCCGUAUGAAGAGCUCCGGCGAAAUCGUCUUCGCGAGGAACAACUACUUCCGCCCCGACGGUGACGACGAGGAGGUGGAGGAAGAACCCAGCGCGCCCGCCGAUCCCGCCUCCCCGCUGCGCCCCGAUGGGCACGAGGACCCCGCCGUCGCCGAGGACUCCACUGGCGUGUUCGACAUGGAUUCUUUCUUCCUCGACGAUGGUGACGAUGGGCUGCUUGCUCCCCCUCUCGGCGACGCAUCUGAGGAAAUCGCCGUGCCUGCUCCAGCUCCUGGCGUCGCAGCUGAUGAAAUUGCCGUGCCUGCUCCAGCUCCUGGUGUCGCCGCUGAUGACAUUGACGCGCCUGCUCCUGCUCCCGCCGUCACCGCUGAUGCCGUUGCCGAGCCUCCCAAGCGGGGACGCGGACGGCCCCCCAAGCCCAAGGACCCCGUCGCUGAGGCUUCCGUCGUUGCCACUGAUGCUGCAGCCGUGCCUGCCAAGCGAGGGCGGGGACGGCCACCGAAGCCCAAAGACCCCGCUGCCAUGGGAACGAGUGGUGAGCAAACUGCUGCUAAUGCGCCUGUCAAACGUGGGCGCGGACGGCCUCCCAAUCCCAAGGACCCUGCUGCUGAGGCCGCCGGCAUGCUCAGCCCGCAUCCGCGUGGGCGGCCGCCUAAGAAGGCCAAGGUUGAGGAAGCUUCCAUCAGCGCACCUGCUGCUGCAGCUCCUGGCACUGCCGGGCCUGUCAAGCGUGGGCGCGGACGCCCCCCCAAGGUGAGGCAUUGAGACUUGCAGCUGUUAGGGAGCCAUCCGAGUCUUAAACUAAAACCAUGGGAGUUGUUGAAUCCUGUGAUGACAAUGGUGGGAAGAUUAUGGUGUUGCCGAGCUCGUGAAAUGAAUUUCAGUAGUAACUUUUGCAAUUGCUGCUCUAUCGUCAGUUACAGUAGUAAGCUAAUACUAUCAGUAGUCUGGAACUCUGGAUGGAUUGUGUGUACGAUGGGAUGGUGGAGGUGUACUGAGGGUGAUUGAAUCAGUGCUAUUUUGCUCUCAUUGUUGCUUGCUGAUGGUGAAAUUUGCAAAGCUGCGGGUAGUGGCUGUCGGCUGAAUCUAUCCCUCUGUUUCAUGGCA